GCCUACAACAACGAGCUUUUCCAAUUCCCCUUUCUCCCAGACAGUUUAUUCGAGAAGAAGGCCAUGGCGCUUGAUUCCGACGGCGACGGCAGUGCCAAGAGGCCGCGCGCAGACGAGGAGGGCAACCAAGGCGGCGCGUUGGAUGGCGACGCCAUCGCGAAGAGGCUCCGGGUAGACGAGGAAGGCAACCAAGGCGAUACGGUGGCGCUCGAAUCGUACGGCGACGACGACACCACGGAGAAGGGCAUCCAUGGCGAUGCGACGGUGGGGGUGCUGGCGCUCGUACCGGACGGCGACGCCGGGGCGAGGAUCCCGCGAGAAGACGAGGAGGGGAACCAAGCCGACUCGACAGCAGGGGCGACGACGAGGGCAACCAGGGACCCCCUCUCGGACCUGCCGGAUGAUUUGAGGCUGAAGAUCCUGACCCUUCUCCCACUCAAGUCUGCGAUUCACUCGUCGGUGCUCUCCAAGGUGAGGCCCAGGGUGUGGGAGAGCCAUUCGCAGGACCGUGAGUGUCCACAUCCCUUCUUCCUCCACUACGACCUCGUCGCCGGCACCUUUCCAUCGCCGGAGCAGCUGCUCGAGUUGCUGCAGCUUCGACGAGGCAACCACCUCCACCGCUUCUCCCUCGUCGUCGACAGAAGUGGGGUGUCCGCCUUGUGCUUCAAACGCAUCCUGGAACGUGUCGCCGACUGCGCCGUCGAGGACCUCCAUAUCGAGCUGCGGUCCACUUCCGCUAAGAUGAAAAUCGCAUUCCACUUCCCCAAGUCGAGCAGGACCCUCGUGCGCCUCUCGCUGCGCGACAUCAAUGUCUCCCAUGUUCACUAUAAAAACGCCCAGGUCUUCUCCAAUCUCGAGGUUAUCCAUCUAUACGCGGUUCGCAUCAAUGAUGAUGUCUUGUGUAAAAUGGCCGCCCUUUGCCCUGUUCUCCGUAUUCUCGACCUCUGCUAUUGCGAUAGGCUCAGCGAUGUUAGCAGGCUUUUUGAGCGGACGAACCUCAUGAGGACUCUCACUGUUGCGGAGUGCGCCGGAGUACGUGUGCUGGAUGUACGGCCGGUUUUUGGCCUCCGCUCCUUUAGGUACAGCGGCUCUUUCCUCUGGCCAUUCUACCUUCCGAGGAGUGUCGCGUUUACAGAUCUCUACAUCUGCUACAAUGUCGUCAUGCCUCCUCAUGUUUCCGGUCAAUGGUUUGACAACACCCUAUCCAAUACUUCUGAACUCACCGUCCUCACCAUCUGCAGCAAUGCCCUCCAGGCUGUGUCUUCUUUGACUGAUGCCGGAGUACAGACAGGAAUUGCCAAGGUGGGCAACUUUCAGAAAUUGAAAGAGCUUCAGUUGAUCAUGUUUGAAAUGAAGGCCGUCAACCUUGCUGACAUCUAUGCAUUCCUCAAGAACUGCCACUGUCCUAUUCUUAAGAGCCUCUUUGUGCAGCUCCCAACCGUGAGAUCUGAUAUGCCCUUGGUGGAUGCUCACAAUGAUGUGAUCGAAGAACCACCAGAGGAUGUCUUAGAAAACCUUAAGGUGGUAAAGGUCAUGAACUUCAGUUGCCACCACAUUGCGGUGCAACUAGUGCUUUUCUUGUUGAGGAAGGCUAAGUCCCUGCAUAAACUGCUACUGGUUGCUCCGGAUACAAAUCAAUUGAAUGUGUCUGAUAUUCCUGAUAUUCAGCAAGCAGACCGUUUGCUUCUCAAUGGAUCUUUGGCAAAUGGCAAGUUAGUUCUCGAGCGUUGCAGUACUGCACCCCGUCCACUUCAUUCAGAGGUCUUUGCAAAGCUUUAGUUGUCAGUCAGUAAUCAAGUUGUGGUCCUAUAUGGAGUUUUGUACAAGCUAGUGGCAAAAUAUGAAGAAACUAUAUGGCGUUUGUAUUUCUUCUGUCCAUUUGGAUAUUCUCAAAGUUACUGAAAUGCAUGGUAUUCCGGUGCCUGCUUACUUGUCCUGUUACUACUGGCAUCUUAUGCUUUGUAUGGAUUAAGCAAACGUUUCCGUUUUCCAUACUUUGUAACCCUAUGACUUGAACCAGUUCCAUGUCAUGUUUUACAUCAAGAUAUGAUUGUGCUAUGAACUGGGUUUUAAUUUUGUAGCGGCAGCUGGAAUUGUUUGUAUUUCAAAUUUAGUGAUGAUUGUUACCA